AUGGCACAACAAGGUUGGACUGGCUCUUCCCAGUGGUAUUCACAGCCACAGCCACAGCCACAGCCACAGCAGUCACCACCAUCACCGCCAAAACGGCCACCGCCAUCACCGUCCAAGCGACCACAACAACGAUCACCACCACAAGUACGACAACCACAACAGCAGUUUGGCCCUGUUCCCCAGUGGCAAUCAAUGAAUGGUGCUAACAUGCCAGGUGGUAUGAUGCCACAACAGUCCUAUUCCAUGUCGUACGGGCCGCAGUCUACACCCCCUCAAUCAUCAUGGGGACCACCACCGCCAUUAUAUCAACAAGCAUACAUGCAACCGAACUGUUGUGAUACAACCUGCUGUGGAGUCCCUGGUCAAGCGGAUCCAUGUGACUGUUGUUCUCCUGUAGGUGGUGCUGGUUGCUCUUGUGCUAACGCUGGACCAAUGGACCCUUACUGCUGUGGGCCACCAACAACUCCUAGUUGUACAGAUUGCUGCACGUCUGUCUGUGAUUGGACCUAUUGUGCCAUGAUGUUUUUUACUGUAUUGAGUAUAAUUGGUUUUAUCGUUGUUAUGGUCUUUAAUAGGAAUGAUGACCUUUUUCACCGGUUUAAAGCUACCGACACUGUGGAGCUGCAGAAGCUACUACAGGAUCAAAUUACUGUUGAUGGAAGUGUCUGUACACCUGCGCAUCUGCCUACUAUUAGUGGUAAGGUUUGCAUGGAAGGUAACCUCAAUGCCAAUACAUUUCUCGUUCAACUUGGUGCUUGGAAUGCAGCAAGGGAUACACUCUAUUUCAUCGCCAUGGUAUUCACUAUCUUCACUUUUAUAUAUGCCAACAUUGUGGAUUACCAACGCAAAAAUGUCCGAAUGCAAAGCGUUGAGAUUCAAUUCCAACAAUCACAACAACAACAACAACAACAACAAUUACAACAACAACAACAACAACAAAAACAAAAACAAGAAAGACAGAAACAAGAUAAAAUAGAGAAUGAUUCACCGAAACAAUCUAAACAAAGAGAGAAUAACAAACCUCUUACCCAACGUCCAACUCAGCGGCCAGUUGUACCACCCGUGAUUCGUGGUCCUAUUGAAGUUUAUGGUACGCCAUUCUAUGAGUUUAUGCGUAUUGCAUGGUUUGUAAUGGGUGUAGCUAUCUUUUUGUGGGUAUGUAAUAUGAUGGUUUCCUUCUGGAAAUUCUCAUCUUUUUACCACAAAUCUACAAAAGGCGAUCUUCAAAAAUUCUUUGAUGAAUACAAUACCCGUUUCACCGCAAGUGUCAUUUGUGUCACCAUUUAUCUUGCAUGGCCACUUGUAAACAUAUUUGUAGAUUUAGCGUUGUGGCUGGUCUUUUUUAUUCCGUGGGUGAUAUUCCGCAGUAUGUGUAAACCCGGCAUUGGUAGUCUUCGUCCUGCACUGCCAUUACAUGAGAUGCCCGGUUGGGUGCGUCUUGACAUGUUCUUUAUGGAUUUCGGUGAUGUUCGGCGUAUGGGUUUCUCAGAGCCUGCAUGGACGCUUCUCACCGGCAGUCCAACGCCGUUGAUGACAUGCUGUGAUGAUCCCACCAUUGACCGCGACCCAACUAUGUCUACAUGGCAGCAAAAACAACAAAUGGAGUGGUAUGCUCGUAUGCAAGGUAUAUACCCAAUGGGAAUGGUAUUACCACAGGCACCUCCAGCAGCAAUGGCAGCAGCAGCAGCAGCACAAGGACAAACACACACUGUAGACAUGCGUGCUACUAAUACGGCUGCUGCUGCUGGUGAUAAUGGUAAUGGUGAAAGUAGUCCAGAAAGUCGGCGGCGACACCAUAGUCGCAGCAGCAGUCGCCACAAGCGCAGACACAGUCAUAGCCGCCAUAAACAUGAUGAUGAUGAUGUUGCGAUUACACAUGAUAUCGAUGGUACUUCAUUCCCCACAUCACCAUCAGCAUCCGUUUCGCAAAUGGCAGGUAGUGUGGCUGUUGCUAUUAAUAAUAAUAAUAAUAAUAAUAAUAAUAAUAAUAAUAAUAAUACCGGUGGUGGUGAUGGCACACCGCGGCGGCGACACCGCAGCAGUAGUGCCAGCAGACACAGACACAGACACCGUGAUGACAACCAAAGAUCAUCACGGGCCGCUGAAAGAGAUGACGGCGGGGAAACAAACGGGGAGAGUGGUGAAAGCCGCAGUAGACACAGGCGGCAUAGCAGCAGCAGACAUCGACGACACAGCAGUCGUAGUCGCAGUCAUGGCCGCCGUGAGAGUAAUGGGCAUAUGAGUAAUAACAAUAACAACAGCAGCAAUAACAACCAUACUAACGAUAGGCCCGAUCGCAUGAAUAAUGCCGAUCUUGACAGAAUGUUGAAUGAACUAUAG